AUGGUUGUUUUAGCCAAACUUCAUGAAAUUGUUAAAGAAUGGAUAAAACAACUAAGCUUAGAAAAGGUGGGUGUAUUGUGCAGUUUUCUCUUAGUUUGAGGACUUGUGUGAUAUAGUCUACAAAUUCAUGACAAUGAUUGACACAUUGUUUCUUGUAGAAUGUUCGUAAAAAUUUGAUAGACCAAGUCGGAGGGAAAAUCUUCACGUUUGGUUCAUUCAGACUUGGGUGUUCACACACAGGGUAAUAAUAUAUGGGGAUUUUCUUGUAAACCCCUUUUCCAUUACCCACCCCACCUAGACCAUGUUAGACAUUGACCAUAUAUGCAAAUGUAUGUUUCUGCAGGUAAAAGCAUGGUUUCUCAUGCAAUUUUGAAAAAUCCAUCUGCAUUUCUCUGGUAUUUUCUUACUACCUACCGGUAUACCCUGCCACAGAUCGUUCGAAUUUUGAAAAGAGCAUAUAAGUGAGCUUAGAAUUGCAUCAAUUGAAGGACAAGUAACAAGUUGUGUUAUGAAAUUUACAGAUGCGAACAUUAAUGUACUGUUAGUGACCCCACGUCAUAUCACUAGAGCAGAUUUCUUCAGCAGUUUUUAUGAAAUCCUGGAAGAAAAUGAAGAAGUUAAAGAACUACGGGUAACAAUUAUGGAUAUAAUUCUGAGAAUAUUAUUAGCUAUAUGCCAAGUAUUUUAUUAGCUAUAUGCAAUUCUGCCCCUUGAAUGUUUAGGCAAUCAAGGAGGCAUUUGUUCCUGUGAUCAAAAUGGAGUAUUGUGGAAUCAAAGUAUGUUAUAUCAAGGUUUUUGGCAUCUCAUUUGAUAUAACUGAAUGUAGAUAUGAUUUUUUUGUAAAUGGAAUUUUUGAACAAAAAAGUUUAUAUACAAUUUUUUACACCAAACCGGGAACAACUUAAAAAUGGUUUAUAAAUUUUUGUUCAAAUAUUCUGUUUACAAAAAGGCUUAUUUUAUAUCAAUCGGUUUCUGUCCUAUAAAGUAUUUUUGUGUUUUCUCAGAUGUGUCCAUUUUUGUGAUUUAGAUGUAUUUGUCAUUUGCAAGACUAGCACUGGCUCAAGUACCGGAUAAUCUUGACUUGCUUGAUGAAAGCCUGCUUAAACAUUUGGAUCCAAAAUGUGUCAAAAGUUUAAGUAGUAAGUAAAAUUUCCUGAGGGUUAGAUUCAACACCUUAAAAAUUACCCUACCUUUAUUUAGAGACAUAAUGAUGUUGAUUGGACUUUGUUUAAAGUGUUCGGAAUGAUCAUGACUAACUAAUUAUAAUAUCUUCCAUGUCGUCCAUUCUGCCACUUUGUGUGAAAAGUUUAAAUGGUAAAAUUUCCCAGUGUUAAAUUCAGCAUCUCAAAAAUUAGUAAAUUACUCUACCUCUAUUUAGAGUACUGCAUGAUGAUUGGGUUUUGUGUUAACCCAUUGAGUGGUAGUGCUCUGCCCUUGACAAGUAAAAUUGUCUGGCAUUAGACAGAGUAAUAUAAUAAAGUAGGGCUCAUUAGAUCUUAAAUGUAAUUGUUGAUGUAAGUUAUGCACGAUAUUGACUGAUUAUCAACGUGCAAAUUAAAUGAGUUUAAAUUUCUUUUCAGGUUGCAGAGUCACAGAUGAAAUCCUGAGACUAGUCCCCAACCACAAAUCAUUCAAAUUAACCCUUCGAGUUAUCAAACUAUGGGCAAAAAGUAAUUCUUUACAGUGUGAAGCAUUUAAUUUGUUAUUUAUGGAUCUUGUUCAGAGUUUAAAUUAUUAUUUUCCUUGUUCUUAGAGCAUGGCAUAUAUUCGAAUGUUCUUGGGUUUCUUGGUGGUGUCUCGUGGGCAAUGUUGGUUGCAAGAACUUGUCAACUUUAUCCAAAUGCAGUACCUUCAACUCUUGUGGAAAAAUUCUUCUUAGUAUUUUCUAAAUGGUCAGUUGAACUGCUUUGCUUUAUUUUGCAUGUGUGUCAUGAUUUUAUGAAAUAUUUGUUGACUUUACAUGACUGAGGGUUAUUUUCUCUCAUUCAUAGGAAAUGAUGACAUGAAAUAUAAAAUACUCGUUGAGUUAAACAAAAUUGUGAAGGUUUUCUAUAUCUUUUCAGGAAAUGGCCAAAUCCAGUUUUGUUGAACGAAUUAGCAGAUGAAAACAAACUUGGGUUUCCUGCUUGGAAUCCCAGAGUAAGCAAUUUUAUGUGUUAGGCGGACUCACUGAUCAACUGACUGUCUGAUUGCCUGCAUGUCUGUAUAAGCAGUUGUUGAACCGACUCGCUGACUAACUGUUUGAUUGAUUGAUUCGCCAAUUGACUCAAUGUUUGACAGAUUCAGUGACUUACUAAUCAGUUGGGUGGCUAAUGAACCAACUGGCAAAUUGAUUGACCAAACAGAACAGCUGGGUGCACACAUCCUCCAGACUGGUGAUAACUUAAAUAUCAAAUUGGAAGCACUGUAGAAGAUUUAACUAGUAGGACUACCAGAAAUAUAUUUGUAUAUUCAUGUUGUUGAAUCUUGUACAAUGCUCACAAUUUGAAUCCUUGCUACCUAACAUGCCUACCAACCAUUCAAGAUUGUAUAAAAGGUUCUGUAAAGAACACUACGAGAACAAACUAGCUAGGUCAACUGAACUAAACCAUUCAAAGAUUAUAUUAGGAAUUUUAAUUUUUUAGGUGUAGGUUUAAUAUUGGAAACAAGUGAUAACUGUAUUUGUUAAACCUUGUUAAAUAAAUGUUACAUUUCACUGACUAAGAGGUUCAUUGUAAUUUCUAGAUAACAGCCACAGAUGCAUAUCACUUGAUGCCGAUCAUCACUCCAGCAUAUCCACAACAGAACUCCACAUACAAUGUUUCCGGUUCCACAAGGAAGAUAAUGCAAGAUGCAUUUGAAGAAGGUGCAACACUAAAGCCUGCACAGACGAGCAAGUUUUCUUUGACAAGUUUUGUUGCUUGUGUUCACAGAAUGUUGUUAAACAUUUAUCUCGCGUCAAGACCACCUUUUGUUUGCCAAAACCAGAAGUAUAUCUUCUACACUUGUCAAGUUUUCCUUGACAGCUGUACAGAAGAACAAAUUUUCCUUGUCCAAAAGCUGAUCUGAUUAUCUUUGAAAAACAAGGCUCCUUCGCAAGGGAAAAUUGCCAUACACACGAGCAAAUACAACUUAUAAACUUGCUUGUCUGUAUAGGGCUUAAAUUUAUAUAGUUCUUUGUAUAAAACUACUAGUAGAAUUAAAAAUGAACCCACUUUGAAAAAUUGUAGUUACCUCCACUAAGGCUCUACUAUAAUGAUUAUUGGCCUCACAUCUAUGUACAGUUUACAGCUCGCCCUGGUUUUUACGUUUCUAUGUAUUUCUCUUCAUGUAGGUUUUAAAACAGUGCAGAAAAUUUACCUUGGGAAAGCUGAUUGGCAUGCACUCUUCAGUCCACCUAAUUUCUUCCAGAAAUACAAGUAUGUUGUUAUAUGUGCAGUACAGAGAAGAUCUGUUUUGAGAAUGGUUUUAUGUUCUUUGUGUACAAUUAUGCAAAUUGCCUCCCUAACAGAGUUCAAGCAGAACAGUACAGUCUAUUUAUUUAUGGAUUUCUUUAUUUUUGGUGGAGCAGUUAUCAGAGCAAAUGUCUUUCAUGCAUAAGAUAAUGUCAGUGCUCUGCUGAAAGUCGUGGGUUUUCUUCAGGUGCUUUGGUUUUCUCCAGGGUCUUAGCUAGAGGGCCGUGUUGGCCGUGUUAUUGCGGCCAAAAAGGGGAAAACACGGCCAGAUAAAAUUAACACGGUUUCAUUAUUUAUGUAAGGCCAUGUAGGUUCAUAAAAUAACAGACAGAAUUUCUUCCUAUUCACUGUACGUUGUAAGAAAGUUUGUAAAAUCUAUGGUUAUUGUUGAAAUUGGCGAAAGUGAUCUGCAUGCGAUGUUUUAAUGUUUUGGUGGAUAAUGGGAACUGUAUGGUGUUAAAUGGUUUUAAAUACCCCCAAGAGUUGCUGAAAAAAACUUAAUAUUUUAAUGUCAGUGCGUAAUAUGAGCGUAUACUCGCCUUGUAUUUGGUUGCAAAGCAUAGAACAACCACAGGUAUUGUCUGUUGUUGGCGAGCAUAACUAGAACCAUGAUCAAUGUGCACACCCUGGUCAUUUAGAAACACGCCCAAGAUCUACAGUAAAAUCCUAGCUAAGACCCUGCUUUCCUCCCACAGCGAAAGUUGACAGGGUGGCUUAGGAUAAACAUUGUUAUGAAAGUAAUAUCACAAUUUUUGUAAAAUAUAGACCCAUUGCACAUGACGUCACAGUGACGGUGACGAUGCAUCUGGAGGACAAAUUAGCAAUCUGUGCAUAAUAUAACUUUUGUAAACAAAGCAAAUGUUGUAAAAGUUUAUAAUAAUUUUGUAUUAAAAUGGUUAAUUUUUGCGCUGUAUGGAGGACACUCUUAAGGAUUUGUGAUGUCAGUGCAAUGGGUCUAUAAGAUAGCUAAGGCUAGUUAUGAUUAGAUAAGAUAAGCGUAAUACUUGAUGUAAAGCGCAUUUAAAUUUGCGCUAUAGAAAUCAUACUCUUUUUUAAUCUUUUUUUAGACAUUACAUAGUUCUCAGUGCUAUAUCUGCCAAUGAGGAAGAUCAUAUAAAAUGGUAUCUUACCUUCAGUUUAUUUUUAUUUUUUUUAUUAAAUUUUUUGCCACAAGAACAUAGUACAUAAAAGACAGACACAGUAACUAUUUACAUAUGUUUAUGAAUUUAUAUUGUACACUUUGAUCCAUUAAGUUGCAUUGCACCCCACUUUAUUAUUUUACUCUAACACUAGAUUAAAUUUACUCAUCAAAGGGAGAGUGCUGGCAUUCAGUGAGUUAAAUAAAGUAUCAGAUGACUGAUGCAUGUUCACUUUGCACAUAUCUCACAAUUCAGGUUGGCAAUUGGCAAAUGCCAACCUGGUUGCUGACGUAUUGUCAUGUCAGGAUGGCAAUGAGCUUGCAUGAGUUUUCAAAUGUAGAGCAAACAGGAAAAUACUAAAACUGUCUGUACCAGUGUAGUUAGUACCAAUGUGAAAAUGCUGUGCUGAGUGAAAGUAUAUGAUAAAGUUAUCUAAGGGCGCUUUCCAUUAACACGGUCAGACCGGUCAGAACGGUCAAAAUGUUGAAUGAAACACAAAACAUUUGGGCGUCGGACCUAUCUGACCGGAAAAUCUAGAUAACAUUAGAGUGAGGUCCAUUUUCGCUAGAUAUUUGAGAAACAUGGACCAGAUCUUUCCAUUGAUACAGAGAAAAGAAUUUGGGUCUGACCGGUCAGGCCAUUAAAUGGAAAGCGCCCUAAGAGUUACUUCAAUAGAGUUUCAGAGUUUUUAAUAUUACAGCAUAUGCGCAUUUUGUUAAAAAAUAAAAGUUUGCUGACCUAUCUUCGUGCAAGGUUGUCAAACUGCCUACCUAUUGUUUGCUAAUUUCAAGACCUGUUUGCGUAUGUUUUUAGGGUUGGUUUGGUUGAAUCUAAAGUAAGACUGCUGGUCGGUCAACUGGAAAACAAACCAUAUAUUGAACUUGCUCACGUUAAUCCAAACCACUACCCACCUCUAAGUCCUGACAAGGAUUGUUGUAUUAGCCGCUGGUUUAUUGGAUUAUCGUUUGAAAAAGCAGGUACACUGCAAAAAACGCCUAGUCUGUGACAUUGUUGUUGAAAACAGGCCUGAACAAUAUUUUGCUGCCCAUAUUGUUCCUCGUUGUUAACAAUAUUAUUCAGCAUUGUUCAGCCUGAACAAUAUUGUUAACAACCAGGAACAAUAUGGGCAGCAAAAUAUUGUUCAGACCUGUUUUCAACAACAUUGUUACAGGCUAGGCGUUUUUUCCUGUGUAGUAUUGUCUACUGGUAUAAUUGUACCUGAGCUAUGUAUAAUAAAUAAUAGUAAUAUAUCAUCAUGUGGAGUCUUACCAAAUCUGCGACCCGGACGCAACUGAAAAACAGUUGACAAUAAUUGGAGACUAGUUUUACUUUACGUGGUGUUUCCACAAACAAAACUAUUAUAGUUUUACUUUGUUUACCAACAGACAUCCAUAGUUUUUACCCGUGAAGCGAAACUGUGAUAAUGUAUCUUGAGCUCCCUAAUAAAUCAUUAACAUUUAUGGUCUUACUGAGCACUGUCACACAGAAUCAGAAAAUUAGGAUAGUAUACUAGUAUGGUGUUGUAUUUUAUGGCCCAUAAGUCUUGCUGAAACUCAUUAAUUGACAGUCUGAAGUCACUCAGAAAUGUUAAGGUUGCUAUGAAUAGUGAUAAUUAUUAUUAAUGUUGCAAUCUGAAUAUUUUGACGGUAAAAAUGCAAACAUGCAGUCACUGCUGUGUGCCUUUAGCAAUGUGAAUAAGUCGAAUGUUAAACUACUUUAAGAUCUUGAAUUUUCUUGGCACUGAUUUGAUAUUUGUUUGCAAUCAGGAGGAAUAACAACUUUUAUGUGGCCAUACGGCAGCAUUUCCCUCUUGCGAUAGUAACUUCUAGUUUAUUUAUUUUAGAAAAUGCAACAUUGGAUCUUACUCACGACAUUCAGUAUUUCACAAACACUGGUGAGUCAUGUCACCUCUCCAUUUUCCUGGAGUUUCUAUUCAUAUUAUCAAACACUUGUGACAAUAUUUUAUUUUUCUUUCUGUGUUGGUGUUGUGUACUCAGGUGAAUAUGAUGUUUGUGAUGUUACUCUGAGAAUCAUAUUACUAGAUUACAUUGGUAUCGAAGAAACUAGAUUCUGUUCCGAAAUAUCACUUUAUACUCGAACCGUCCUGACCGCGUAGCUCAGUUGGUAGAGCCUUGGGCUAGUAUUCCAAAGGUCGUAGGUUCGAUUCCCACCGUGGCCAGGCAUAUUUUUCAAGCUCGCCCGGUGUGGAUAUACACUCAGAGUAACAUCACAAACUUAAUAUUUUAUUUCUUAGUUCAUAACCGUGCUGUCUCCAUAGAGAUAUAUAAAGAAGGAAUGAAAACUGAAGUGAAACACGUUAGGAAGUGAGUAUAACAGUGGUUGCGCCCUAGUUACAGUAAUAUAUGUGCCUUUCACCUCUCCAUCUAGGUUUCGAUUCCUGCGACGUACAGUUGUCUGGCUGGAAAGCUGCGGGUUGAGGGGGAUUCAACUAUCUGAAAAAAGGUAAAACUUCGACGUUUCGAACAUCGAAGUUUUCCUUAUAUUUUUCAGGUACUGUAGUUGAAUCCUCAAUCCACAGCUUUCUGAUAUUAUUAAAGAGUUUGGCAAAACAAGGGCAACGGCAAUAUGGUCAUCAACAAUAGCAUUAAUCCUCAAGGACAAAGGCGAAUGUAAAUUACAUGGUCUCAAGCGACGUUGUGCAAUGCCGUAGUUGUUGAAACUAGUACGUGAUUUGCACAUUUUCACGAUGCAUGACUACGGCAACAGUUAAUUCGUUCGAUGUUAUUUGAGGUGUUUUAUUUGAAUUCGCGGACCAUUUUUACUUAAGGGUACGUUUGAAAGAAACAGGAAUACUUAAAGAGGCAAAUUAAGUGUAGUAACGUAUACUUUGGCUCAAAUACAACAAUAUAAGCAAUUAUAUUUUCCCCGUUGCCGUUCUAGGUUGCCAAACUCUCUAUUGUCUCCACGUACGCUGACACAAACCGUUCGACGGUUCGAGUUGUCUGCUUAUCAUUGUCUCAGUCACAUGUGAAAGAGUGCUUCCAGUUUAACUCUUGUCUACCAAACAUUGAAAAUGUUCUGUGGGUAUUCGUGUUUCCUCCUGUAGCAACACUAGACCAAUACCAGAUGACCCUUACUGGACAUCUGUGGAGGACAUUUUCGAAUUGAUAGAGCUAUUCGGUAUAAAUACAGUUAUUUCUUCUUUCCGCAGGAAACAAUUAUCUGAUUAUCUUCCGUCUACUGUUUUAAAAUCCAAGAAGAAAAGUUCAUUGUUACCAACCGUAAGUUACAUGUACCUGGAUUUGUUAACAUUUAUAUCCGAUGUAUGGAUGCAUGACCGGAUAUGUUGAGGGGAGGUGCGCACCUCGCCUGAGGUUUUUUGCACCUCCCCUGAGAUCGUUCUGCACCUCGCCUGAGAUUUUUUAUCAAGAUAAGAUUUUUUUCCUACGAAGAUAUAUUACAUUUCAUCCCGAGAUGAUUAAAAUAUUACAAGUUUACAACGUACCAAAGAUCAUUUGGUGUUGGUGGUUUUUGAUUUAGCCUGCUCGUAGCCUGAAUUUGUUCAGAAUUUCGGGCUGCAAGCAGGCUACUAAGGGUGGUUUAUAGUUGUACUAUCAACGUUUCUGUGAUCACUGAGGAAUUUUGCAUAGAUAAAUUCAAAGUUUUGAAGGAUUCGGAUAAGAACUGCUUGAGGAAACUAACUCAGUGUGUUAAACACUCGGUCAGUUUCCUCAAACCUUUCUUACAAGUCCUUCAAAACUUUACGGCUCUGCAAAAUUUCUACUGUGUUUACAGAAACGUUGAUAGUGUAAACCAGCAUGUAGUUGAUUACACAUUACUUUGGUUUAGAAUUCAUUGGAGAAAAUUGACGAGGAAAGUGGUACGAGAAAGAAGAGUAAAGAGAAUGUAAAUAGUAGUGAAGAAAACUCAGAAGUAAACAGUGUACAGGAAUCUACCGGUAAUGUUAUAAUAGAGAGGUUCAGUUUGACUUCCGCUACAAUUAAGGAACCAUUAACCAAUCAGGUGCGUUUGAUAUAUCCGAUUAACCAAUCGUAUGCGUACUUCAGUAAGCCAGUGAGAGGUAGUGUUAGUGGAAGUCAAAUCUGAACCUCUCGAAUUUCUAGGUAAAUACAACCACUCUAGAAGAUUGAAAUGUGUACAGUGUCCUCAUCUUGUACUUGGUCUUGGUGGUGUUGUUUCCGUCGCUGUUGUUAAUGGUGAUGGUUUCCUCGCUAUUGUCGCUGUAGUUGUUCUUGUUAAUGUUGUUGUUGCUGUAGUUGUUGUUCUUGUUAAUAGUGUUGUUGCUGCUGCUGUUGUUGUUGCUGUUGUUGCUGUUUGCUUUUGUUGUUGUUGUUGUUGCUGCUGUUGUUGUUUGUUGCUGUUGUUUGUUGAUGUUGCUGUUGUUUGUUGAUGUUGCUGUUGUUUUUUGAUGUUGUUGUUUGCGGUUGUUGUUUGUUGAUGUUGCUGUUGUUUGUUGAUGUUGUUGUUUGCGGUUGUUGUUGUUGUUGUUGUUGUUGUUGUUGCUGUUGUUUGUUGUUGUUUGUUGUUGUUGCUGUUGUUUGUUGUUGUUGUUGUUGCUGUUGUUGUUGUUUGCUGUUGUUGUUGUUGUUUGCUGUUGUUGUUGUUAAGUUGUGUAUCACACAUAAAGGAGUAAAUUUUAAGAAAUUCUGUAAUACAUUAGACAACGGAUCAAACGUACAAGACAUUGACGGGACGGAUGAUAACGAAUCCUCGUGCCCCGAAGAGAAACCUUCAGAGGUAAUUCUAGAUAUCAUCUAAACGGCCAUGUCACACAAGGCUUUCGUGCAGCUUGCAAUGCAUUUUUUUUUCAAAUACGAAAAUAUUUCUGCAGGUUGCAGGCAAUCGCCUCGUGUGACGCGGCCUUAAGAUCAGACAUGUGUUUUGAAAAUAUAAUAUACGUCGCUUCUGACCUCCUUUUGCAGGCUAAAGCGAAUGGUUUAUUAAUUACUACUGGAUUGAAAAGACGGAAGGAAUCGACAACGGAUGUAAGUGCAGACAUAUCCCAGUGGGAUAAACUAGGGGAUGAUGAUUUAAAUACUAAAAUAGUCCUGCAGAUUUUUAUUGUGAUUUCAAUAUUUCUAGGAAUCCGCUGGUGAAGAAGCUAUCAAGAAAGUGAGGUCGUUAAAAUCCGCAGAACAGGUCUAA